UUCUAUUCUAUGGAGUUGAGUUUUAAAGAAUUUGUUUGAACCUUUUGAAGUUUUGUAUUAUGCAUCAUAAAAGCUCAUUCCUAUUGAAUUUUAGUUUUUUUUGAACAUCCUAAUGAAUUUUAGUUGAGAUUCCUAGGUUCUUCUUCUUAUCUCUUCUACAGAUUUACUGUUCUCAAAUUACUCUUACUGUUCGUAGCCCUAGAACAAUCCUCUUUUCAACCCCACCCUUUUCCCCUACCCUACCCUUUUGCAAUUAAUUGCACACCUAAUAUAUCACCUUUUUUUGUCUAGAAACCCUAGAAACCACCUCCUAACUUUUAAAACCAUACACUAGAAGCUUUUUUAGGCUUAAGCCCACCACAAAAUUUAAUUGUGUGUAGCAUUUGGCCAAGUUUCCUAAUCUGUCCUACACCCUUGUUCAAAUUUUGUUUGUUCCCUUGCCGUGGACAAUGUCCCAGUAAAUGUCCCUUUUUGAUUGGUAUAAAGAACAAAAGUAGUCACCAUUGGACAUUCCUUUGAAAUUUAGUGUUGCUAAUCCAUCAAGCUAUUGUAAUAUAUGUUUGGAGAAGUAUUUGAGUUCCUUGAUAAACAAUCGCAUGUUCUCAUCUGUUUUUGUCUAGUAACUGCAUAAGGGAAAAGGAAUUCAAAUAAUUUAUUCCAUCCCUUAUGUUAUUUUUCUAUUCGUUUUAUGAUUUCCUCCAAUCUUCCAUAAUGAACUUUUUAAUGUAGGAAAUUGGUCAUGUUUGGCCAGACCAAUGUUAAGUUUGGAUGGCAGUGGUGUUUAACAUCAUUAUAUCUUGAUGUGUAACACAUCUUAUACGAGUACUCUAGGCUUCUAUCCUAGGUACAUGGUGAAUAUCUCGUUUCUGAUUAAUUAUGUGGGGGUUAUCUCCUUCAAGGUAGACUAGAUCUUCUUUUAAGCUAACAUAAUGAUUAUGUAAUGUGAUGUGUUUUUGGCCUUGAUAGUUUGGAGGUUAGAACUCUACUUGUGCUGGAUGCUUUACUGGUUUGGAGAUCUUUCACAUUUUAUUGCCUUCCUGACCCUAGAUGCAGCAGUGUGAUUUUGGAUUUUUGAAAGCAUCUGUUAAGAAGGAUAUAUGUGCACAUCCUGGUUUUAUUAGAGGACUGUGUAUGAUAUGUGGGGCAAAGGUGGAUGAUGAUACUGCUACACUCAACUAUGAGAAUGCUGUGCCAUUGAAAUAUAUACACAAGGAUUUAUGGCUGGGUUUUGAUGAAAGUGCUCGAUUACGGAACAGAGACUUGAAGAAUUUGUUUCGGCAUAAGAAGCUGUACUUGGUUCUUGAUUUAGAUCACACACUGCUCAAUUCAACUCGGCUUGUAGAUCUAACACCAGAUGAGGAAUAUUUGAAGAGCCAAACAGAUUCUCUACAAGAUGUUCCAAGAGGCAGCUUAUUCAGGUUGGAUUCCAUACACAUGAUGACCAAGUUGAGGCCCUUUGUUCAUUCAUUUUUGAAAGAAGCAAGCAACUUGUUUGAGAUGUACAUAUACACAAUGGGCGAACGCCCUUACGCAUUGGAAAUGGCAAAUUUGCUAGACCCUGGAAAAGUGUAUUUCAGUUCUAGAGUCAUUGCAAAAGAUGAUGGCACUCAAAGACAUCAAAAGGGUCUUGAUGUGCUACUGGGGCAAGAAAGUGCUGUUCUGAUCCUUGAUGAUACAGAACCAGUGUGGGGAGUGCACAAGGAGAAUCUGAUACUGAUGGAAAGAUAUCAUUUCUUUGCUUCGAGCUGUCGACAAUUUGGCUUUAAUUGUAAAUCUCUUUCUGAGCAAAGAAGUGAUGAAAGUGAGCCCGAUGGAGCACUUGCUUCCAUUAUGAAAGUCUUGAAGCAGAUACAUAGUAUCUUCUUUGACACGGAACCCGGAACUGAUCUGGCAGAUAGAGAUGUGAGGCAGGUUCUGAAAGCAGUUCGGAAGGAAGUUUUGAAGGGGUGUAAGGUUGUCUUCAGCCGGGUUAUUCCAACAAAAUUCCAGGCUGAAAAUCAUUAUCUAUGGAAGAUGGCAGAACAGUUGGGGGCUGAAUGCUUGACAGAAGUCGAUCCAUCGGUUACGCAUGUGGUCUCCAAUGACACUGGAACAGAGAAGUCUCGUUGGGCAGUUAAAGAGAAGAAGUUUCUGGUCCAUCCACGGUGGAUAGAAGCAGCCAACUAUCUUUGGCAAAAGCAGCCAGAAGAGAACUUUCCCGUUGACCAAACGAAGAAACAAUGAUAUCAAUUUAGAGCUAACCUGUUCGUUGAAAUAGGGCCUGUUUUAUGUAUAGGUUCGGCAAGCACUUGUAAUUUUGCACAUCAGUCCUACUAGUAGACCUACAAAAUAUUUCUGGAUUGAUGAUCAGAGACACACAGAAAGAGGGAGAGGGAGAGAGAUAGAGGCCCUUUAGGAAGAAAACUUCAUCAUGCUAGAGUGGAGCCAAUUCUUGAAAAUUGUCUUCCCCUACCCUUUGCCUUUUUUGUCUAUCGAUUUUGUUAACAUGUUAAAUACUAAGGUCAGCAGAAUUAUACUGAUACAGAUAUGAAAAUGUAAAUAUCAGUCUUUUUCUCCUGACUCUGUUCCUCAUGUAUGGUUUGGAUGCUUCUCUUUCAGUUGAAUCGUGGUUUAUGAGAGCAGAAUUUUGUAUCUGUUUAAAAGA